AGGCUCAGGUUGAGCACAACUUCAUCCACACAGCAGACACUUAUUCUUUUGCAGGCUCGCUGACACUACACACAGGACUGAGUCAUGGAAAAAGAUGGAAGACCCAACUGGGACAGCCCCAUGCAAUUUGUGCUGGCAUGUGUAUCAUAUGCAGUCGGACUGGGAAACGUAUGGCGGUUUCCAUACCUCUGUCAAUUGCACGGUGGGGGGGGGUUCUUAAUCCCGUAUCUCAUCAUGUUGCUUUUGGAGGGGUUGCCCUUAUUCUACAUGGAGCUCGCCAUUGGUCAGAAGAUGCGUUUAGGUAGCAUCGGGGCAUGGACUUCGAUAAGCCCGUAUUUGGGGGGAUUGGGGCUUGCUAGCGUUGUGACAUCCUUGUAUCUCUGUCUCUAUUACAACGUCAUCAAUGCAUGGAGUUUCUGGUACCUCUUUCAUUCAUUUCAAUCAGUCCUGCCCUGGGGGGUAUGCCCCAUAAAUUCAAACCGAACGGGACCUACAGAGGAGUGUGAGGUGGCUACACCCACCCAAUAUUUCUUCUAUAGGGAAACACUGAACAUCUCUUCUUCUAUUGAAGAGCAUGGAGGCAUUCAUACAGGACAGGCACUGUGUCUCGUGCUUGCCUGGGCAAUAACCUACCUGUUCAUUGUGCGAGGAGUAAAGUCAACAGGAAAGGUGGUGUAUUUCACAGCUACAUUUCCUUAUCUGGUCCUGUUUAUCUACUUGAUUCGGGGUGUCACUCUUUAUGGUGCCAUCAAUGGCCUCAAAUACAUGUUCACACCCAAGAUGGCUGAACUUGCCAAUCCUAGAGCGUGGAUCAAUGCAGCCACUCAGAUCUUUUUCUCCCUUGGUUUGGGUUUUGGCUCACUAAUAGCCUUUGCUAGCUACAACCAGUACAACAACAACUUUCAGAACCAGGCCAUCGUUGUCUCACUUAUCAACAGUGGAACCUCUAUCUUUGCCAGCAUCGUCACCUUUGCCAUCUAUGGCUUCAAGGCUACUCUCAACUACGAGGACUGCCUGGACAGAAUGCGCAUUCUGCUGCUAAAUACCUUUGAUCUAGCAGAAGACGCCAUCAGCAUGGACAGCGUUCUUGAGUGGAUUGAGAAGCUGAACACAACAUAUCCAGAGCAGUUUGCCCAAAUUGCUGACAAAGUAAGAGAGGGAGAGUGCAACCUGGAAAAGGAACUAGACACAGCAGUAGAGGGGACAGGCCUGGCCUUCAUAGUGUACAGUGAGGCCAUUAAGAACAUGCCUUUGCCCCAGCUGUGGUCUGUACUGUACUUCUUCAUGCUCCUGCUGUUAGGAAUAGGCAGCAUGUUGGGAAACGUUACAGCCAUCAUCACCCCGUUACGUGAUUUGAAGAUUAUGUCCCGCAUGAGCAACGAGUUGUUCAGUGGUUUGGUGUGUGUGUUUUGUCUGCUGCUGGGCCUGGGCUUCACCACCACGUCAGGGAAUUACUGGUUUACCAUAUUCAACGACUACGCAGCCACUUUCUCUCUGCUGUUCAUCGUCCUCAUUGAGGUCAUAGCUGUUAGUUACAUCUAUGGAAUUAAGAGGUUUGAAAAAGACAUAGAAGACAUGCUUGGUCAUCGUCCCAACUGGUACUGGAAAAUCAUGUGGGCAGUAACCAGUCCCUUGCUCCUUAUUGGCCUCUUUAUAUUUUACAUCAUUAGCUACAUCCAAGGAGGGACACCCACUUACCAAGCAUGGAAUAAAGAGCUGGGUGAAUCAGUGGUGACGGAGUACCCGGUCUUUGGUCAGGUUUUCAUCGUGCUGCUGCUGGUGUCGUCAGUCAGCUGUGUUCCCCUCACAGCUCUGUAUGCCUUCUGCAGGAAGAGGAAAGAGCGAGCCUAUGAAAAGCGUCCAUCUCCUGUGAGUACAGUAUCAGUGUAGGGACCAAACCUCCUGGCAUUUCCUGCUUCCUGGACCUCUCCAUAUCUGCUCUUCAGCUGAACAGCAGGACUACAGUAUUUCGUACCUAACCCAGGGUGGGUCGGUGGUAUUUGAUGGUUUGAGUUUUGCCUUAGCGACAGCCCUUUUGAACUGUUUGUCUGCAAAAAUGACAUCACUUCAGUGUUGCUGUAGUAACAGAGUAGACGACAUCAAACACAGGUGUUCUUUGUUCAGAAUAUUCUCCAUAUUUCCUUUGAAUCGACUGUUGUAUUAUUUCUCUCACUAUUAAAGUCAGACGUCUGUCAGUAAUCAAGUCUACAACAUUGAGAAGAAUAUCCUCUAAAUUUCACCUGUGGAACACAUUAUUGCUCAUAUUAUCAGAUGAAGGUUGUCUGUCAGAUAUUUAAAUAUAGUUGUAAUUUGGUAUUUUGUUUGUCAUUAUUUUUCUAAAUAGUAGUACGGUAUUAUGAAUUUAUGUACAUAAGCUACUAUGAGUUUUAAAUGUAUUGUUUUAAUCAUUUAUUCCCAUCUUACACACUGUAAACAUGUUUUAAAGCAGUAGUGCACAGAAGUGAGCACUAAAAUAUCGUAGGCAUCAAAAAAGGAAGUCCUGUCCUUUCACACUGUAACAUCGCACUAUAGUGGACUCGCCUGUUUCUGUCUAAUAAGUUAAAUUCUCACACACAUGCUAGAUUAGAGCCUGUGACAACAAUCUCAUUAUAGAGGUUCACUUUCUGUUUUGAAGUAUUUUUGAGCAAAGGGGCGUUUUUGUAUCACUGCCAAAAAUGACACUUGAUUCAAGACUCGAGUUGGAGCUGUUUUCCUGUCAUCUAAUUAUAGCUGGCACUGAUGUGUCAGACAGAAUUAUAUGUGUGUAUGAAUGAUCUGCUUUCUACAUAAGUAUUUUUGAUAACUAGUUUUUUAUUCAUUUUAAAAGGGCUGGCAGCUCAUUAUGAACCAAAAUAGCUGUAUGAGCCAAUACUGCUGUGCCAAAACACAAUUGUAAUAAAAAUAUUUGCUUUGUAGAUUCCCAAAUAUGUCAAAUGUGUAUAUACUGUUGGGUAUGUGUCAUCGAAUGACCAAAUAAUUGGACUAAUGAAAAAUGUGAUUUUUGCUUUUUGUGCCAGUGAGUUAAUAAACGAUGAACUGUCAGUAAAAAGUAGUUUGUCAGUUUUCUUGAACAUAAAGCAUCUUGUAAGUCACUGUGUUGUCUUUCAGCUUCAUCUGAAUUUUAUUUGGUUUUUUUUAUUAAAGAAGUAAGACAUUUAUGUGCGUGUGUGUCUUUUAGAAGACAGGUGUCUUUUUUUCUUGAUGGAUUCUGUCCCUGUACAUCUGUAAACACUGAGUUUGAAAUCUUGAACUGCUUUUUAUAUAAAACCAGCUAACGUUUAACCAUUACAAACAUCAAUGGAGUGAUGUUUGUAAUAAUUUGGACACGGUUUUUGCAUACUGCCACCUGCAGGUGUUCAUAACUGACUGUAGGAGUCAAAUGUAAAUUCCAUAAUAAACUCCUGACCUUACAUUAAAAUGACUUGUGUGUUCCUGUGUCUUGUUUUUGUUGACCUUGUUGCAUCUAAAUGUUCAUGCAGAUUUCAUAUGCGUCCUUGUUAUGGAAUACAUUUUUAUGUACUUCAGUAACAGGUGGUUUCAUAGGUCAGGGAGGCAUUAACCUGUCAAUGUUAAAAGGGAGUUUUUCCUUCCCACUGUAAGUGUUUGCUCUUGUGUGGUCGUCUGACUGUUGGAGUUUUCUUUGUACAAUCUUUCACUUAUAAUGUAAAGUGCCUUCAGACAACUGUUGUACUGAUUUU